AUGAAUCAAUUUAUUUAUAAUAUUAAUCAAGGCAAUUCAUUACUAAAUUAAAUUAAUUAUGAGAAAGCCCUUUAGUGCUUUGAUAAUGCUAUAAAAAUCAAUCCUAACAAUUGUUUAGCAUUCAAUAACAAAGGUAUUUGAAUUUUUUAUUUUUUUUAUUUUAGGCAAUGCAUUAUAUUAAUUGAAUCGUUUUGAAGAAGAUAUUAAGUGCCACGAUUAAGCUUUAAAUAUCAAUCCUAAUAAUUGUUUAGCAUUCAAUAACAAAGGUAACCGAUUUUUUUUAUACGUAAUUUAAGAGUUGCAUUAUAUAAAUUAAAUCGUUUUGAAGAAGCCAUUAAGUGCCAUGAUAGUGCUUUAAAUAUAAAUCCAUAAGAUUGUGAUGUGCUUAAUAAAAAAGGUAAUAUUUUUUCAUUUUUAAUUUAGGCAAUUCAUUAUAAAAUUUAUAUCGUUUUUAGGAAGC